AUGUAUCUCACAGAGACAGUGAUCUACAAAGUCAUUCAGGAGAGAAAAGUUGCUGGUAUACCGUCUGAUGCCAUUCCUGUGAUGUCCAGAUCUGGCAGACUUCUAGGGAGUAAUACUAACUGUUGGGUCAAGAGAAAAUUUGGGGAGUUUGAGUGUGGUCAAUCUUACUAUGGAAGCCUGGGCUAUGGCUGUGGGGGUUUCUGUGGUCUGGGCAGUGGCUGUGGCUGGAGAUGUGGUAGCUUUUACAGACAGGGCUGGACUCGGGGAGGCCACAGAUAUGGUUGCUACCACCCAUCGUGCUAUCGAGGAUAUGCAUUCUCUAGUUUCUACUAA